AUGCUUCGCUUGGGUGGACCACGGGUAGAGAAUUUGUUUCAGAACUAUGCGAGAGCCAUAGCUGUACAUCCAUCGAAGAUAGCUGAAGUGAAGAGCGCAUUCCGCACGGUACUUGAGGAAGCUCACUUGGCUUUCUCAAUUACCGUCCCAGCGCAAAAGCUAGAAUUUUGUAACGCAUUCCACGCUCGUCGUGUGGGCGGAGGAGGGCCUGCCGCUGGCCUUACUCGUUAG